CACAUGACUUUGUUCCUGUCCAAAGAUGGCGGCGCCCAGAGCGGGAGCGUGGAAGCUGAUGGGAGACACUGUCCAAUGUCUUUGAUUCGUGCUGGAAUCAAACUAGUGGAAACCGUGCUCCAUGUCGCGACUAAUCGUGAAGAAUCUCCCGAAUGGGAUGAAGGAGGAGCGUUUCAGGCAGCUGUUCGCUGCCUUCGGCACACUGACAGACUGUAGCCUGAAGUUCACCAAAGAUGGCAAGUUCCGCAAAUUUGGCUUCAUCGGCUUCAAGUCUGAGGAAGAGGCCCAAACAGCACUGAACCAUUUCAACAAGAGUUUUAUUGACACAUCCCGGAUCACAGUGGAGUUCUGCAAGUCAUUUGGGGACCCAGCAAAGCCCCGAGCCUGGAGCAAACACACCCAGAAACCAGUCCAGGCCAACCCACCUUUAAAAGACAAACACUCCAUCCCCCCUGAAGCUAAGAAGGACGACAAGAAGGAAAAGGUAGCAAGUGAGCUGGAGAAGCUGAAGGAAGACACGGAGUUCCAGGAGUUCCUGUCAGUUCACCAGAAGCGGAUGCAGACCGCCACUUGGGCGAACGAUGCCCUAGAUGCUGAGUCCUCAAAAGGGAAGAGCAAGCCGGCCACUGACUACCUGAACUUCGACUCUGAUUCAGGGCAGGAGAGUGAGGCGGAGGGAGCCAGGGAGGACCUGAAGGAGGAGGAUGGCCUUGAACCCAAGGCGGCUGUGCAGAAGGAGCUGUCGGACAUGGAUUACCUGAAAUCCAAGGUGGUGAGGGCCGGGUCACCAUCCUCCUCAGAGGAGGAGAGUGAAGACGAGGCCGAGAACUGUGAGGACAGCAGUGAGGCCGAGGACGGUGGCCACGCUGCUCCCAGUGCGCAGAACAGAGCGAGGCAGGGGACUGGCCCUGAGCCAGAGGCAGCCAGGGCCCAGGCCGAGAGACCAGCAAGCCAGAAGGAGCCCAGAACCCCCCACACUGUGAAGCUGCGGGGAGCCCCAUUCAGUGUCACAGAGAAAAAUGUUACAGAAUUCCUGGCACCCCUGAAACCAGUGGCCAUUCGAAUUGUGAGAAAUGCUCAUGGGAACAAGACAGGGUACAUCUUUGUGGAUUUCAGCAGCGAAGAGGAAGUGAAGAAAGCUCUGAAAUGCAACAGAGAAUACAUGGGUGGGCGCUACAUCGAGGUAUUCAGGGAAAAGAGCGUUCCCCUGGCCAAAGGGCCCCUGAAGAACAGCCACAAACCCUGGCAAGGCCGGACUCUUCGGGAGAAUGAAGAGGAAGAAGACCUGGCUGACUCUGGGAGGCUCUUUGUGCGAAACCUGCCCUACACAAGCACAGAGGAGGACCUGGAGAAACUCUUCUCCAGAUACGGUCCCCUGUCUGAGCUCCAUUACCCCAUCGACAGCCUGACCAAGAAACCAAAGGGCUUUGCCUUUGUUACCUUCAUGUUCCCCGAGCACGCCGUGAAGGCCUACGCGGAAGUGGAUGGGCAGGUGUUCCAGGGCAGGAUGCUCCACUUGUUACCAUCCACCAUCAAGAAGGAAGCUAGUGAGGACACCGAUGCCCCAGGAUCAUCCUCUUACAAGAAGAAGAAAGAGUCUAAGGACAAAGCCAACAGCUCCAGCUCUCAUAACUGGAACACACUCUUCAUGGGCCCAAAUGCAGUGGCCGACGCCAUCGCACAGAAGUACAAUGCCACCAAGAGUCAAGUGUUUGACUACGAGACCAAGGGCAGCGUGGCCGUGCGUGUGGCCCUGGGGGAGACGCAGCUUGUCCAGGAAGUACGGCGCUUCCUCAUUGACAACGGGGUCAGUCUGGACUCCUUCAGCCAGGCCGCAGCAGAGCGAAGCAAGACUGUGAUUCUGGUGAAGAACCUUCCAGUAGGCACCCUGGCAGCCGAGCUACAGGAGACUUUUGGGCGUUUUGGCAGUCUGGGCCGUGUCCUCUUGCCCGAAGGUGGCAUCACUGCCAUCGUGGAGUUCUUAGAGCCCCUGGAGGCCCGCAAGGCCUUCAGACAGCUGGCCUAUUCCAAGUUUCACCACACCCCCCUGUAUCUGGAGUGGGCUCCAGUGGGUGUCUUCUCCAGUUCAGCCCCACAGAAGAAAGAACCCAGAGAUGCACCGGGGGAACCUGCAGAAAAGGAUGGGGUGGAACCAGAAACCUUGCCAGAUGGUGAGAGCCUGGAAGGUGAAAAGCCCACAGAGGGAGGAGCAGGUGACUCUUCAGCCAAGAUGGCAGAGGAGGAGGCAGAGGAGGAAGAAGAGAGCCUUCCCGGGUGCACACUGUUUAUUAAAAACCUCAAUUUUGACACAACUGAGGAGACGCUGAAGGGAGUGUUUUCCAAAGUGGGAAUGGUGAAGAACUGCACUAUUUCCAAGAAGAAGAACAAAGCAGGAGCACUGCUGUCCAUGGGGUUUGGGUUCGUGGAAUACAGGAAGCCAGAGCAGGCCCAGAAAGCACUGAAGCAGCUCCAGGGUCACAUGGUGGACAACCACAAGCUCGAAGUGCGGAUCUCGGAACGAGCCACUAAGCCAGCCCUGACAUCCACUCGGAAGAAACAAGUUCCCAAAAAGCAGACAACCUCGAAGAUUCUGGUGCGGAACAUCCCCUUCCAGGCUGACAGUCGGGAGAUCCGGGAGCUCUUCAGCACCUUUGGAGAGCUGAAGACUGUCCGCUUGCCAAAGAAGAUGACCGGGACAGGCGCACACAGAGGGUUUGGCUUUGUGGACUUCCUCACCAAACAGGAUGCGAAGAAAGCCUUCAGCGCCCUGUGUCACAGCACCCACUUGUACGGCCGGAGACUGGUCCUGGAGUGGGCUGACUCGGAGGUGACCCUACAGGCCCUGCGGCGGAAGACAGCCGAUCACUUCCACGAGCCCCUGAAGAAAAAGCGGUCUGUGGUGUUGGACGGGAUCCUGGAGCAGCUGGAAGACGGUGAGGACGACAGUGAGGAGCGAACCCUUCAGCUGUGAGCUGGCACCGAGAGGGGCUGCUGAGCUGGAGUUCCCACGUGUGUCUGUCCAGGGGCCUGCCCACAGCUUGGGACUUGCCUUCUGUCCCACCCUGUCCUCGUCCCUUGGGACCGUGAGCCCUGGUUUAGUCACCGGGCCAUGCUCUGGCCCUGUUGUCCAAGGGCUGUAGGCUCUGCGCUGCCCGUUACGCUGGUCACCAGUCACUGGUCUCACUGGUGGAGCUCAGCUGCAUAGCUACUGGUGGACGCCCUCUGCUCCCGGGCCGGGGGCCCUGCGAAAUGCAGCCAGGUCCCCAGCCCUGGCAAGCAGUGUCCCGAGGCUUAUCUCAGGCUUGGGCCCUGAGUACAACCUGGGAUGGUCUGAGCCCAGCACGUGCCAAGAGGCGGGAUGGUGGAGACGAAAGAGCUACAGCCCUUCUGACCUGGGUCUGAAUCCCAGCUUGGCCAUUCCCAUCCUCCAUACGACCUCUGACUGGCGAGGUCCCCUCUGACCCUCAGCAUCUCUUUCCAUGAAAUAGAAGUGAUACUGCACUGACCUCAGAGAUGGUGCUUGAACUCAAUCAGUCAAUCCAAGUAAAGCCCAGAGAAAAUGUG